AUGUCCAAUAUGGUAAAGGAUAAACCAAAUAGGUCAGAAAAGAAGUUGAAACCGCCAUUAUGGAAGUCUUUGUUGAAACCCAAGUUGUCCCCAAAAAAGUAUACACCUGAACAAGAACAAGAGGAAGAAAAAACAGAAAGAAAUUCCUCUGAAGCUUCUUCACAGCCUACAUUGUCACUCUCCCCAUCUUCCACGCUUUACUUGGAGCAACAAUUAUCUUCAAAUGAUGAUUCCAAAGAUCGUCAUGGACUUUCAAGGGUUAGAGGAUUUUCUUUUAGUACUACUCAUCAUGCAACGCCUAUGCUUAGUACAGAGUUAAUGGUGCAUGAAGGAAAGAGUAGCGAACAUAAUCAGAAGAAUAAACAUUUAAGACCAGACCUAACAACAUCUCCGACCAGAGAACAUUCAAAAGUUAGAUCACAUUCAAGUUUCAUUAGUGUUGCUGAUCUAUCAAAGGACGAACUUAAAUGUGUUGUAGACCUCUCCCAUUUUAAAGUUUUUGAAAACGGGAAACAUCUACAUAAUUUGAAACCUUUGCCAAUUAUUGAGGGGAAAGUUUCCAAUAGUAAAGUACAUAAUGAAAUUGAGAAUCAUUUAAACCCUCACAAUUCCAUGUCAAGACAAAAAACAGGAAUGUCAGCAAUUACAAAAUUGUUUAAGCCACACAAAUUAGAUGACAAAGAAUUUGAAAAUGCUAAAUCUUUAAUUCCAAAGGAAAGUUUCAGUAAGUUAGAAGAAAGCAUUGCUCAUAAGACAACUUCAGAAAAAUUUCAAGUUCCAAAAGAUAAUAUAAGUGAAGAUCAAGAUAUAGAAUCUAUUCCAAAUAUUGUGAAUCCAAAUGCGGCAAUCGACAAGAUUGAAUUAUGCCUUAUCACCUCAUUAUCAAAAAGAAUUCGUGAUGGAUUAGAAAGAAAUAUCACAGAAGUUAAUAAAUACGCACCACCAGGAAGUGAAACUUGUAAAGAAGUUAAAGAAUCAUUUUCUGAAAAAUAUGGUAAACCAAUUGGAAUAAUUGGACACGGAAGUUAUGGAGUGGUAAAAGUUUGUCGCAGGCCCAAGACAUUAAAGGAUUCAACAAAACCACCAAAAACAUAUUCGGAUAAUGAUAAUGUCUAUUUUGCCGUAAAGAAAUUAAAACCAAAAUCCAGUGAUAGAAUUGAUAAAUUCUGUACGAGAAUUACUUCAGAAUUCAUAAUAGGUUAUUCAUUAAGCCAUCAUGCCAAAGAUAAAACGACGCACCCAAAUAUUUUAAGAAUAAUUGAUUUAAUGGAAUAUAAUCACAUAUUCGUUGAAGUAAUGGAAUUCUGCGCUUGCGGUGAUUUAUACACAUUACUGACGACCCAAACAGAUGGUUUAACAAAACUGCAUCCCUUAGAAGCCGAUUGCUUUAUGAAACAAUUAUUGCAUGCAAUAUCAUUUAUGCAUAAACACGGAAUUGCCCAUUGUGAUUUGAAACCAGAAAAUAUACUGUUCCAAUCUGAUGGCCGUUUGAAAGUUUGUGAUUUUGGUACUGGAAAUGUAUUCCAGACCGCAUGGGAAAAGCAUGUCCAUUUUCAAAGUGGGAUGCUUGGAACAGAGCCUUAUAUGCCUCCAGAAGAAUUUCUUCCUGGGAAAGAAUAUGAUCCUAGAUUGGUUGACGUUUGGAGUUGCGGUGUUGUUUAUUGUUCCAUGAUAUUGGGUCAUUAUCUUUGGAAAAUUGCUAAGAGAGAUAAAGAUCAAUUUUUCGAUGCUUUCAUGGAGGAAAUGACUUUGAAACAACAAUUUGGAGCAUUCGAAGAAAUGAAACAUAUCAAUGCCGAAAUAAAGAGAUUUAGAAGAAAUGCAUUGUAUCGUAUAUUCCAAUGGGAUCCUGUCAAGCGGAUAUCAGUAGACCAACUAUUGCAAACUGCAUGGAUGAAAAAUACCACCUGCUGUGUUGAAUACAAGGACUGUCAUUAA